UCCUACUGCCUUUAUUAGUAUGCUUAAUGACUUGCCUGCUGUUUGUGGCCAAGGUAGUGAUAUGAUGAUAUUUGCUGAUGACGUGAUGGUAUGUAAAAUUAUUGCGUCAGGUGCAGAUGAGAUUGCGUUUCAGAAGGAUCUUGAUGCUGUUACGGAAUGGGCGCGAAACCAUAAUUUGAUUUUCAACGCGACAAAAUCAGUUUGCAUUAAGUUCUCAUCCAGCGUGAAAUUAUCUCAGUCUUAUCAGGUUAACGGGGAGGGUGUCCCGAAUGUUAAUUCCGCGAAAUACUUGGGCAUUCAUUUAGAUCGCAGCCUAAAGUGGAAGCUACAGUCAGAGAAUGUGUCUGGUAGGAUGCUGAAGCGGUUGAGGUACCUUAGCACAUUGUUUCGUGCUCGCAACUUGUCGGCUCGUUGUAUAUUGUAUACGAGUCUUGUUCUAUCUGUCUCCGAUUACUCUGCGUCCGUAACGUUUCCUACACAGAAAGGUCUAGUCGAUAACAUAGAGAACGUUCAAAAGAGAUUUGUCAAAUCGUUGCAUCUUAAUAGUGACAGAAAUGACUAUACUGGCAGGCUAAAAGAGCUUCAGUGGGAGCCGAUUGUACUUCGAAAUUUAAAGCGUAAUCCUCAGCUGACGCACAAAUUCGUGUACAGCUCAGUUCCUUAUGGGGACCAGUUGUUUCGCAAAGAUACCGCUGUGUGUUCUGGUGUUUCAGGUGCUACGCGUCAUCGACAAAGGAUUAUCAAACACCCUUGCCCGAUUGUUGCGACUGGAUCAAACUUCUGCGGUCACAAACUGCCUCCAUCGGACAGAUCGUUUGCCUAUCGGUUGGCGAGAAUUUGGAAUGACUUGCAGAUUCCAGCAGAAGCUUAUCAGAGUCUUGGAAGAUUUACAGAAGCUUUGAAUCGCGUUGACUGGAAAUCCGUUGUGUCCUUGAAAAAGUUUUACCGCCCUAAACAUGUGUCCCUGUUGGAAAUGUGAAUACUUAUGAAACUGUUAGUCUGCUGCUGUUCUAUGCUUGUUCUUUUGUUUCUGAUGACGUGUCUGCUGCACCGGAUUGGGUCUAAACCCUGAUUGUGUGCGGACGUUAAAUCAAUAAACUUAACUU